AUGGCCAGUCUUGAUCAUUUUCAGGAGGGAUAUUCAAAUUCGUAUCCGAAUACUUCAUACAAGUCGUUUCAAACGAUGAUCAACGACUCCUACAUAAGACGUGGGUAUGAGGAUGGACUCUCCUCAACCCUCUUUAUAUGGGUAUGGUCGGCGAUCUUGAACGUAUGGUUCAUCGGAUAUCUGUUGGGAACAUUCGUCACACCCUAUUUCACGGAAAAUUACGGACGAAGAAAAACACUGUUCGGAGCAAAUGUUGUUGCUUUCUUGGGUGCGACUCUCGCCUUCCUGAGCAUCGUACUCUCAGUCCCAGAGUUGUUCUUUGUCUCCAGACUGAUAGGAUCCUUCAGUUCUGGCGUCUCAUUCGGUGCUUUGAUACUCUUCCUACAGGAAGCCACUCCCACAGAGUACCGUGGUAUGACGUCGUUCCUAUCAGAAAACACUUUCAUCGCUACAACAGUGAUGGGAAUCGGAUUCGGGAUGGAUGCCGUUUUUGGCAACAACCUACCGGUACUUACAGGCAUUGCAAUGAUUCCUGCAGCCGCUUCAGUUCUGCUGGUUAUACCACUUCAGGAAACACCAAAGUUUCUUCUCCUCAAUCGAAAGGAUCGAAAUGCAGCAAAGGAAUCGUUGAAGUAUUACCGAGGUGACUCUCCUGAUUUGGAUGCCAUUUUGGAUGAAAUGAUGCUCGAAAUUGACGACAAGUCCAGCACAAAACAGUCUAUGCUAUCCACAGUCAUCACUAUCUUACGUGAACCGCAUUUGCGAACGCCAUUCUUCAUCGGUUGUCUAUGUCUCCAAGUUGUAAUCGGUAUUUGGUCGAUCAUCUACCUCUCUACUGACAUGCUGAUGACGCAUUUUUCAACCGAAGUCGCCCAGAUGGCUUCGCUUGUAUUCAUCGUAUUCAAUUUUAUUGCCGGCAUGGGUGGCAUGUUUAUCAUUGAGAGGUUUGGCAGACGUACAUUGGUGCUUUGGCUUGGAACAUUCAACACGAUCUCGUUAGGUUUAUACGUGGUAUUCGAUCAAUUGACAGCUUUGUAUAACCCCUUCAAGUGGGGUACUAUUAUAGCACUGAUACUGUUUGGAAUUACUUAUGGCGUUGGCCUCGGUCCCAUAGCUUUCUUCAUUACCUCGGAACUGGUAAACCAACAACAUCGAUCACUUGUACAAUCGAUGGUAUUUGCAGUAAACACUAUUGCUAACUUCGCUUUCACAUUUGCUACACUUCCAGCAUACACAGCGAUCCAGUCUCUGUCAUUUAUUCCACUCUUCAUAAUCCCAUCAAUACUUUCACUGAUCUACUUGUAUUUCAAUAUGCCGGAAACAGUUGGCAGGGAAGUGCACGAUAUCGUUGAGGAACUUAUGGCACGAUCAAACAAACAGAAGGUAUCAACGACAAAAGACAAAGCGCCAUUCUAUCUUUGUGAUGUUGACAUCAAAAAACGAAAGGAAGACGUUGUAUGA